AUGUCUCCCAAAGUGGGACCCAGCAUUCGGAGGACGGGCAGCCACCUCUGGAUGCUCCUGUGCCCCCUGCUCGGUGCUCUGGUCCUGGCUCGGGGUUCCACGCUGAGCCCCAAGGACCGGCAGAGCACCGCUGCCACGUCCCUGCCGGAGGACUGGACUGGAACAACAUUCCAGCUGCAGCCAGACCUGCAGACCGAGACCCGGGUGCCAAUGGAGGCACAGACGGAGGCACAGACGGAGGCACAGACAGAGGCUCUGCCAACUCAGAGCACCACCAGAAACUAUACAGGUCUGACCUGCAUCCCUGUCCUGCCACCACGUCGGGGUUCCUUCUACGUGGAGAGCGGCUCAGGCGUGUCGAUCGGCAGUGUGUUGGCCUUCUGGUGCAGGGAGGGAUACCAGCUGGUCGGCAGCGACAAAAUCUACUGCAACUUCAAGAACGGCAAGCCGCAGUGGAGCAACUACCUGCCUGUCUGUGAAGCGAUCCCCAGACCUGAGGACCGUGGUUUGAGAGUGGCUGUGUUGGCUUCAGUGGUGAGUGGCAUCGUCAUCCUCGCCAUGUCCCUGUCCUUCCUCAUCUGCUGCCUGCAGGAACGAUCCAGUCGGUACCGAGCCAAGAAAGAGGGACGGAGCAGGCGCAGAGACCAGCGCUCGUCCCGCCGCAGCGAGUGUUGGCUGGAGAGAGAAGAGGGUGAGUGGGAAGCAUUCCCUCCUCCCAAGAUCUUCCAUCUCUCCCAGAGGAUGAACCCCCGUCUGGCUCCAGACAGCCCCCUCUACCUCACCGGAGGCCUCGGUGGAUAUGAGAACAGAGGAUACCAGAGGAGUCAGGAGAGUUUGCUGAAGGCCUCCCUUCCCGGACUCUACCGCUCCGAGUCUCAGCUUUACCCACACGUCGUCCUGCAGAGGGUGCCGACUCCGACAGCACCCUCCGCCCCUUCUGCUCCGUCUGCCCCGCUCUAUCUCCACCUGCCCUCCUCCGCCUCUUCUGCCUCAUCGCCCGCCCACUCGACCACCCACGGUCCGCCUCAAAUGAUGACGCAGUACCCUACGCCGACGUACCCGCCCCACCCCAACACGGCGGUGCCCACCUAUCACCCGACACCGGCACCCAUCUACCCCAACCCCAACCCGACGCCACAGCGGCCAUGGCAGUAG